AUGGCUGGCAGCAGGGCGGCGGAGGCUACAGUCGUGUUUAUGCACGACUUGAACUCCUUGUACGAGCUGACGACGUUCUUGACUGCCAUCUUUGUGAAGUUUGCGCAUGGACUUCAGGACAUUCUGCGCGCCACGGGCUGUGAUGUUGUGCUGUUUCAGGAACGUCAACAGCGCGGUUUCGGCACUCUCACCAAUCUUCAGGACAUCGUCACGUUAUUGCGGGGAGCUCUCAACAAGUUUGAAGCCGCCUUCGAGGAACAGCGUGGGGUAAGCGCAUGCAUAGUCUCUGGGUCCGUUCAACUCCACAUCCGCGGUUCUAGAGUUUACCAAGUGAACCAAGCGUCUUUCAAACUUGAAGCCGGAGAGAUCUUGGCUUCCAUCACAGACAACCGGGCAUCUAUAGUCUUGUUCACCUGGAUUAACUGUUUAAUCAAGGCUGUGUCAGGUUUGGAGGAAACAGAGGCAAGGGACGACGUUGUCACAGAUAUCCAGUCUGAUUGCAGUGGUUGGGUAUCAAAUGCCAGUGCAGCCGAUGGAUCGGAGCCGGACCCUGAGAUGGAUAUUGCGCUGGCAAAGGAAUUUCUGGAUGGAUUUGGAGGCGCCGACGCUGUUUUGGCGGAACCGGACGUGUAUGAUGAGCUACAGACUCCUUAUGUUCCUGUUGAAGGCGCUAGUAGCUACCCGGGACUUCGCCAAGGCUAUUCCGGACCCACUCCUGAAGUACUGCAUCGUGGGGACUCGCCUAUGGCGUUGUUCUUUUACUUCAUGCCGGUUGCAUUGUGGCAGCACGUUGCUGUCUGUUCAAACAAGUAUCAAAGAGAUAUGCUCCACGCUCGUGUUGCCGAUGCGUACAAGCGCCACAAGCGACGCUGUCAAGCGAAUCCUGCCACGAAGAAGAAGACACGGCGCGAUGUGCUACAGGAGCUUCAAGCAGUUCCUCCAAUCAAACCACACGAGCUGUGCCGCUUCGUGGGACUACUGAUCGCGCGAACAAUUUGCCCAAACUGA